UUUUAAAUUGUUUACUAAUUAAUAAUGUGUGUCACACACUAUUAAGACAUUGGGCCUCGGCCCGGUAGAAUAAUUAUCAUUCGGAUUCUUCAGAAGUAAAUCGGUUCUGUCUGGAGGAAGCGGCCAUUAAAGCGCCACGGAGUCUCCUCUCCUUUCUCUAGAAAGAAAUAGAGAGCGAUUCUUCACUAUUCCAGUUUUAUUUUUUCAAUGUUACCCACACGAGCGCAGAUCUAUGUACACCAAUCUUUCCAUAUGUAUAUGCGUAGGCGCUUAGCUCUAUAUACAGAAGCAUUCAUUCCCUCGUAUCAAUUUCAGGUGUUUUGCGAUCCUGAUUUAGGUUUGAUCCGUUGAAAAUUUUCGCGGAAGAUCCUCCAUUUGGAUUCAUCAUGGUUGAUCAUUACCAAGUUCUAGGGGUGACGAGAAACGCGACGAAGCAAGAGGUGAAAGAUGCGUUUCGGAGAUUGGCGGUGAAGUACCAUCCGGACAAGCACGCCCAGUCGCCGGAGCACGUCCGGCAAAACGCGACCGUGCGGUUUAAGAUCGUCUCGGAGGCGUACGAGGUCUUGAACGACGAUCGGAAACGCGCGUCCUACAACGCCGUCAGCGAUUCGGAUUGCUUUCGCCGUACGGGCGGUUCGUAUAGCAGCAAUCCGUACGGAAACCGUGGCGGCGGAGCGUAUGGUUAUGGUUAUGGUUACUCUGCGAGGAAUCGUCAGGCCUCCGGUUUCAGCAGCGGCGUUGAUUCGGCGUUUCGUUACUUGACCACGCGCGCGUUUCUCCUGAAUCUGGCAUUAGCUGGUGGUCUCUACUUUGCGUUUACUGCAAUUGAUACAAGUGGAGAAACACUAUGGAAAAUGCGUAACUCUGGGAAAUCAUUCGAAGAAGCGAUGGAAUCAAUCGAGAAAACAAAGGCACACAAGGAUGAAGGGUGAAAGAAAGGAUUCAAAGGUAACUACCAAAGACUUUGACUUUUGACUUUUAUGCUUCCUCCGUACGCAGAGGAGUGGAUUUGUUUGCGUGGGUCUACUGAUUUGCGUUGUGAUCCAAUUUGAAAUUCAACUUUGGGCAUUGCUCCCGAGUUUUAUCAGAUUUCGCUUUCUCUAAAAAUGUAUCUGCAGUGCAAAGGAGAUAUAUGUAUAUUAGAGGACAUCUAUAUGUUAGUGGAUGCACUAUUAUAUUAUUCUACCAAUUAUUGAGCUCUCCAGAUAUAUCAACCGAUUAUGAGAGUUUAUAACUUUACGCAAUUGUAUUAGAGUGCACACAAUGGCAAGCAAAGAUGGGAUAUAUUCUAAUAAAACAAAUAACUUUGUAUCAGACUAUCAGUAACGGAGACAUUAUUGUAACGUAUUUGAUUGUCUUAUAGUAUUAAGAUGUUGACAAGAUAUUUACUCUGCUCCAUUCAAGUAUCUUGUGUUUAUUAUUUAGUUUUCUUUUUUCAACGGUGAGAAGACUGUACCUUAUUUUCACGAUUAAGUAGGUGUUAUUGAUUUUUGUAUUUUGGUGG